GGAAAGCCUGUUGUCUGACUGACAGUUUCCCGGAAAAAUCAAAAAUUACGCUAUAAAAAUGAAUAAGGAACAUAGGACCUUGCUUAGAAAAAACAGGCUGGCUUUAGUUCAAGACUUGGAGCCCCGACCAGUGCUGAACUACCUAUAUCAAGAAGGAAUAUUCRGCGAAAAUGAUGUUGAGGUCGUUCGAGGCCUCACUACAAGACAGGAAAAGGCCGAGAAGAUCUUGGAUACAAUACCUCGGCGAGGUCCUAGUGCAUUCGAUGCUUUCUACAAAGCUUUGCUGUUAGAUCAGAGUCAUUUAGCUUUUCUUUUAAAGUGCAAUAUUUCAACUCAAGAAACACAACAACCASAAGCUGGAAGUAGCAAUAGACCAUUCCCAUCAAAUCCACCAAAUAAAGCCCCAAACACCAAUCCCACAGAGAGUGAAAACCAAACAGAAGGGUUAAAUAUUGGACUCAACGUUAAUCCAAGACCACCCCUGGGCACCCCUGAUAGAAAUACAAAAGAAAAGGUCACCACCCCCGAGGGGGACACCUAUCCAAUGAAUCGUCAGCCACAUGGUUUAUGCCUUAUUGUCAACAAUGCAACAUUUGAAGCAGAAAGUGGGUUAGCCAAUCGGAAAGGUUCACAUGUUGAUGCCCGCAACCUUCAAUCCUUGUUUCUCUACUUAAAAUAUAAAGUUACAGUGGUCGAGAACCAAAGAGCUCGAGUCUUGAAAGAUACUAUCAUGAGAUUUGCAAAGCAAGAUCACAGCAGUUAUGAUUCUGUUAUAGUAUGUAUGCUGAGYCAUGGUCUUGAAGGAAGAAUCUAUGGUGUUGAUGGAGGUCUAGUUUCAAUAAAUGACCUUGUGUCUAUGUUCAAUGGAUACAAUGCAAAAACGCUGAUCGGAAAACCGAAAUUAUUUUUUAUCCAAGCUUGCAGGGGUGGUGACUUUGACCGUGGGAUUACGUUUGAAAGAAUUGAUGGCUUGGAAAGUUCUCCACUUGAGGAAAAGCCUGUGGAAGAAGUGCUAGAAGAGCUCUACCCAAGCGAGGAGGCAGACAGUGGUUUUAURGCCCCGCAGUCACUUCCCUCAGAAGCUGAUAUCCUCAUUGCUUACUCMACUGUUCCAGGGUUUGUGUCAUGGCGACAUUCAGACAAAGGUUCCUGGUUUGUGCAGGCUCUAGUUGAYGUGUUUAGACAACAUUCUGUAAAUGAGGACGUUGCUAGUAUGUUGAUUAAGAUUAAUAGAAAAGUCGCUUUAGAAUUUGAAUCUUCUGACAAAAAGAAACAAAUGCCAGCCCCUGUKAUCAUGCUCACAAGAAAAGUGUUUUUCUUUCCAAAGAGUUGAGGUUCUUCACUGUGUUGGUCAUAUUGUUUUGCACUUGUCAAUAUCUUGAUGUUUUGRUACUUGAAGAGUUUAAUUGUACUUUAUUUUUUUUGUUUUUUUUUGGGGGGA